AAUAUAGAGCCACGGGUCAUGAGCAGCUGCAGCAGCAAGUGCCAGGCCGCAGCCUCGCCGACAGUCCUCGACCUCGACCACGUCCUCACAAACAUCGUCCAGUGCAUGGCUACGCCAGCGGGCGUUAUGGCCUUCCUCGCUGCGCUCCCGGCCUCGGCGCGCAGCCUCCCGCUAGCUGCGCUUCACGAACUCCUCCAAGACCCCCGGCGCCAUGUUCUGGCACAUGUGCAGAAACCUCUGGACGCACUCUGGCCUCUGCUGCGCCUGGAUGUGAUCACGCCUGCAGCGAUCAGUCUCGCGCGCGACGCGAGGCCUGUCUUUCCUUGCGCCAGUGCUGGGGCUUUGGCCGCUGCUCGGCCAAGAGAUCUCGACGCCAUCGAGUGGCUUAACCAGUGGUGCGCCAAGAUUACGCACUACAAGGUCGGUGAAGCCGACGCAUUUGGUCUUGAUCCGCGUCUCAUCAGCGUCUUGGGCCAGUGUACGAACCUCACAGCCCUAGAUGUGGGUGGUGCAGCUGCCGGUCACGCAAUCCUCGAGGCCGUCACGACACCCGCGCACCGCGUCCGCUCGAUCACAGGCUCAUGCCUGAGGGCUGAGUCCAUUGCGCUCGUGGCUCGUUGGCUCGCUUCUGGUCACGCCGACCACUUGGAUUUUACGUACCCGACCACCGACGACGAAGCGGGUCACGAGACGCUGGUGGCGAUGCUUCUAAAGUCCACCGUGCUCUCUAGCCUCACGCUACGCUACUAUGUGCACGGGAUCCUUGGGCCGGUUGUUGCGAUCGCACCCUUGUUCCGACUGUUGGCGCAGUUUCUGCAACAGCUCAACAGUCCGCGCCUUUGCUCGCUUUCCCUCAACUGCAGUCGCACCAAUAUCGACAGAGUGCUGGACGGUCUGUCGGCGUUUCCGGCGCUGGAAGAGCUGACGCUGGCCCGCGGCUGUCUGGAAGAGACGCUGCCAACAGUCGUCUUGCCAUCGACGCUUCGGCGCGUCACUCUGACAGACCUCAUCUGCACCAAGGCCGCGUGGGACGGGUUGGCGGCCGGCUUGUGUCGCAUCCACGCCCUUGAUGAGCUUUCGAUCCACUCGACUCGGUUGCUCCACACGUCGUUUUUACAGUCCAUAGCAUCAUCCUUGCCCGACUGGAUCCGCCGUGGCGUCACAAAAAUCGCCUUCUCCGACUGCGACGUCAAUGACGGAGGCGACGUGGCGCUGGCAGCGGCUCUGCAACGUACGACGAGCGUAUUUGGCGUUACGAUUGACAUAAGGGAUCUCCGACUGUCGGUGCAAAGCCACGUGGCACUUGGAGACGCACUUACAUCGUGCCGCGGCGUCUUUAUCGUGCUGCCGUCGAUCGACUUCGAUGCCUUUGAAACCGAGGCCGCCACGCGCCGCAUUACGUACCACUAUGAUGAUCGCACCGACCGUCUCGUGCUUCAGAGUCCUGCGCCAAGUCGUGCCGAUGCAUAG